GGUGAGAUUUCGACCCAAAAUAUUUAUUCCUCUGUUAACCACGGCGAUAGUUAAUAGUCCCCCUUCCAUGGCGGGGCAGGUGCCAAGACAGCUUUACUAUUAUGUCAUUCCCGAUCCUCCUGCCCCGCCGUUUUCAGCCGCCGCAUCCAUCUUCCUGUUUCCUCCUUUCUACUUUAUCUUUUCCCAUCGUUAGUUUUUCAACCUCAACUAUUGCUCACAUUUCUCCGUUAUUAUUGCUCUUGCUCCACACUUUGCUCCUCUUAAGGACUUAACAAUUUCCAAUCAGUCACCAUGGCUCGCAAAUUCUUCGUCGGCGGUAACUUCAAGAUGAAUGGCACAGCCCAGUCGAUAACCCAGAUCAUCUCCAACCUCAACUCUGCCAAACUCGAUCCUAAUGCCGAAGUCGUCAUUGCUCCUCCUGCCAUCUACCUGGUCCUCGCACGCGAGCUUGCGAGCGGGCAGAUUUCUGUCUCUGCACAGAACGUGUUUGAUAAGCCCAACGGAGCCUUCACUGGGGAGUUGAGCGUGGAACAGCUGAAAGAUGGAAAAAUCGACUGGACCCUGGUUGGACACAGUGAGCGAAGGGUUAUCCUGAGGGAGGACGAUGAUUUCGUUGCUCGCAAGACAAAAUCUGCCCUUGAUGGCGGCCUCCGCGUGAUUCUCUGCAUUGGAGAGUCUCUCGAGGAACGCGAAGCCGGCAAGACCCUUGAUGUCGUGACACGGCAAUUGAACGCCGUCGCCGACAAGCUUUCUCCUCAAGACUGGACGAAGGUCGUCAUUGCUUAUGAACCCAUCUGGGCCAUCGGAACGGGCAAGGUUGCCACCACGGAACAGGCACAGGAAGUCCAUGCCUCGAUCCGCAAGUGGCUGGGUGAGAAGAUCUCCCCCUCAGCCGCUGAGAAUACCCGUGUGAUCUACGGAGGCAGUGUUACGGAGAAAAACUGCCGCGAUCUCGCUCAGCAACCCGAUGUUGACGGGUUCUUGGUUGGCGGAGCAAGUUUGAAGCCGGCUUUCGUCGAUAUCAUCAACGCCCGCCUAUAAAACGUUUCGAAACCGUACGCAUAUAACCUCCGGUAAAUUUGUGUCGGUCGGAUGCCCCUUACUUCCGCUUAACACUAAUCUGUACAGAACUUUGCCGUACGAACUGAUAAAUGUGGCAUCUGGAUUCUACAAAUCCCUCAAAUCGUCUUGGGAAACUCACAUAAAAUACACAUUAUUAUAUAUAAAGUCAUAAUUUAAACAAUCAGAUCUACGUUUCUCUGUAUCUAAUUUCGGGCGAAACCUACUUGGGAGUGUAUCCAUUCUGACGUGGGCAGUUUGAAAAAUGUUCAUAAGACCCAAAACAUGGACAGAAGGUAGUAUGGGGAGGGAUCCCGCAUAAUGAGGGGCCUCAAGAGGCCAUGAACUGUAUAGUACCUUGGAUGGGGAAGGACUAACUGCUCAAUAACUUUACUAAGUAAGGUUAAAUGUGGAGAGUUGUCAUUGUCCAAGCAAGCAUCCCAUUCGUGAUAAUUAUGACCGGACACGGGAAACACAUCUAGAGGCUACAUAUAACCCACCAACCAAUCACCCGUCUCAUUUCAACUGGGAUCGAUUCCAUUUGCAAGGUUGACGAAGUGCGGAACAACCUCUACAUAGUAUAUAUACCUGUAUCGUUGUUGAUGACAGCUGGGAUGGUGCCCAUAUGGGGUCCGUCCCGUAUACGGCGUAAGGACGCCGGUGGGCAGUCCUUCUGUAGGGGCUCCUUUGUGUGAAAAAUAUCGAGAUGAGUCAUUCGAUGAUGAUGUGCGUCGUAAGACUUUUGAGAUUGUGUGGAAUGAAGGCAAGGUGGAUGUUUUUCCUGGGUCUUACUGCGUUGAGGUACUGUGCACUGUACGUAGGCAGACCGUUCGCUAUUGACAGGCUGUGUUUCUUUUUCCCUUUUCCCCCUUCCUCCUUCGAUUUUCUUUGGCACGGCUUUCUAGGUAAUAUAGGACAGGACAGGACAUGGUCCUUUUAGUUUCAAGCUACAGCGCCCGCACACAGCCUUAGGGAUGGAGAAGUGGCGGAUUUGGGCGAGCUAUUUAUGUAAAACAGACCCUGUCCACCUAAGGAGGAGAGAGAAGGGCAUUCUCUACACGGACGCUCUUGUCACCAAUAGCGCGUCCGUCUGUGUUGGAUGAGCUCUGUAUGUGAAGCACAAAUAAAUAUGCCGAGGACCUAAGCACCUGGAAUAGCAGGAUGCUUGGGUAGAGAUUCAUCUGCUAUUUAGGCUGCAAACCUAACCGGCCCGGAAUGAUUCAGCAGUACGGUCAGCAGGGGGAGGAGAAAUAGAUAGAUAUAGGUAGUGGAAGGGGAAAU